UAGACCAAGUCAAUCGUCGGGGUUUGUUUACGCUGUUACCCUAUGCUAUCGCUUGUUCGAUUUCAUAUGUUGCGGACGUUAUGUUUCACAUGAAGAAGGAGUUUUUGAAGUACUAAUUGGAAUUAAUGGAGGCGCCUCAGUUUCCUUCUCUACAGCCGAGAAUAGCCGAUCAGCCUUGGUUCAACAUUGACCGUCCUUGCGAUGAUGAAUCCGAGUUAACCCAGCUAGAAAAAGAACACCAGAGCGCGCUCACCAGCAUUGCGCAGAGGCACAGCGACCUUGUUCCGAUCGGGAAAACUGCAGCAGAAUUGCAGGAUGAAGAUGAAGAAGACGAUGAAGAUGACGACAAUGAAGACGACGAAAGUGAUAGCAAUGAGGAUGAAGACGAUGAGCUGGACGCAGACGACAUCAAUUAUGAUCAAGACUCACCGAUGUUCCAUUAGCUGCCAUUACAAGUGAUACGAAAUUAGGAAUAAAUUGUCAUAUUUUCUUUA